AUGGGCAACGAAAACCACGACGCGGCCAACCACAACACGACCGACAGGCAGGACCACGAUCGAAAUGGCUCGCCGCGCCCCAAUCUCGCCGGUUUCUCGACUCAAAAGGCACAGGACGGCGAUCUGCGGAGGAUAGCAUCGCGAAAUAGCACCAUGAAGCCAACGGGGGAUUCAAACGCCCACGACCACCAACAAUACCCUUCCCACACUCGGGGUUCUAGCUCCCAGGCCACCGCACAUUUGCAACAUCGCACAUCCAUAAGUUCAACAGGCUCUUUCGCGACAAUGGCACGAUCCGAAAGCCCCUUCACCACCGGACCUAGCCAUCCAUAUGGCAUGUACACUCAAAAUACAAUGGCACGUUCGCCUAGCAUAGCAACUGCAUCGACAUCACAACCAACCCGGGGCUCAAUGUCACUAUCGCGCCCAACCCAUCCUUAUGGCAUGUAUACGCAGAACGUUGUGGAGGAUAGCGAACCGCCGCCCCUCCCUGCUGGUGCUGUUGCAACAGCCAUUCCCGUCGGAUUUCCCGGAUUGAACCCUGGCUAUCAUCGGCGACUCGGACCAGAUGGUGAAGAGCAGGACAUUGUUGGACCGGACGGCCACGCCGAGCAGCUGCCUCCUUACUCCCGGUAUCCUACCGAAGGUCCCACAAAGGCUGCUAUGGUGGCCGAAGCAAAUGCAACGCCGGUGGAGCCUUCAUCGCCAGUUAAUGCUUUCGACGACUCACGCGCAAUCCAAACGCCAGUAUCUCCCAUUGCACCCCUACCAAGUGCAUUGACUCCAUUGGAUGAACGUCGCCAGUCCCUCCAGAGGAGAGGCGGUCCUACCGCUUCCGCCGCUGCCGCCACCACUACUUCUCUCGCAGUAUCAACAUCUGUAUCAACAACAUCACUAUCCAACGAACAGCCAAUCUCGGAAAAGCAAGAGACGGAGAAGAAAGCCGAAAGCUGGCGUAGAAAGAAAUUGUGGGGGAGGUUCCCACUGGGCAUUGCCGUGCUUUUGCUCAUCCUGGUGUUGAUCUUCGCCAUCAUCCUCGGUGCGGCAAUUGGCACAUAUGUUGCGAAAAACAAGAGCAAGGACGACAGUGGAAACCGCCCACCGAAGCACGACAAAGAUCAUGAGGAACCGUCACCCCAAGUGACUCCCACCUCUCGUUCUCUCUUCGAUGCCACACCUAUCCCGACCCCCUCUUCUCUAACUCCCUUGCCUGAGGGUGCUUAUGCCCUACCACUUGGUAUCGCUCAGGAGAGCAGCCCCAGCUGUCUCACUCUAGCGAACCAAUUAUCUGCAUGGUCAUGCAAGUCGUCUUUUGCGCCGCUUAUUAUCACUGUCAACAACACCGCAGGUCAAUCAGCCCCCUUGGUCUCGGUUGAAGCCUUCAGCAAACCCGAUGGUGGUACCCAGUUUGGAGUACAGCCGCCUGCGAUUCCUUUCCAGCCGAUUUCGAUGCAGCUCGUUCAGGAUCUAGACUACAAGGCAUUCGGACCAGCCUUCCAUUUUCAUGCCAGAUAUGACAAAGUGGUUGUGCUCGCCGAGGACGAAUUCCUAGCCGGUGUUUCCCUAGGCCAGUCGCAAGACAAGCCUCCGGACAAGCCUCCGUUCCGACACCGUUUCCAGGUGUUACCCGGUGAUGCGCCCUGGUUCUGCUACUGGAACCAGACGUACAUUGAGGGAUACAUCUAUGUCGAAGACAAUUCCACUGCCGCCACUUUCUCCGCUUUCCCAACGGCUUGGCCCACCCAGGCAACUGUUCCAUUCGACAGUACCAUAUUGCCCUUGGUAGCACAGACUGCUUCACCCACUACUGGCACGCAAGGAAGUGUCUCGGUGACGCCAACGCCAACGCCAGCUGCCAAGCGACGAAGCAAACGAGGCGAUGGAGACUAUCCCCGAUUUCCACCCUAUCCCCGCAUCGUCAAGAUUGAAGAACGACGCCUCCCCGACUCCCCACAGCCUUACUGCCAGAAAAUGCGCUUGAUGGACAACGGCAUCUACCUACCGGUGGUCGUCGGAUCGCAGCCUAUCAUCGUUAACCUCCAAGAAGAAGAUCCUACCUUCGACGAGUUCUUCAGUGCCUCGUCAAGCGACUCAGCGAUCGGCCAAUCGGAGCGGCGCUCGCUGACGAAGCGUAGAGAUCCGGCAGGGGCCUGCCAUUGCCAAUGGAUGUUCCAGUAG